UCGACCACGCCCACUUCGAGUUGACAGGGUUUUUCGCAAAAUGGCGCCGUCCUAUAUGCGGAUGUGCGGUGGUGCUUCUAUGACAUUUCUGUGCGGAAUCCGGUACAUGGGCUUCACUGUAGGAUUCUGCAGGCCUCAGUUAGCCGUCACACAUCUCAGAUUUUGUUUAAUAAGGCAGUAUUCACCUUCUCAAGCGAGAUACGGCCUUGGCCAAAGCAUCGUAGCAAGAUUGAAAUGGGCAAACGAAAAGUACGAGAAAUUUCUUCAGCGGCGUUUUCCUAGAUUUUUCGUCCUCUAUUCAACAUUUACACGAGGAUUUCGACUGUUCUUCGAGGAUGCCCAAGAAGUUCAUAGGAUCAGAAUUCGGAUGAUAAAAAACAACAUCGAUCCUCGUAAGCUGCCUUAUCGUGAAAUGGAGAAGCUCAGACAGUUCCACAGAGACAUGAUCAAGGCCAUUCCUCUGGUGAUCAUCUCCAUUCCUCCGUUUGCAAACUACCUAGUGUUUUUUUUAAUGUAUCUUUAUCCUCGCCAGCUUCUGAUUCGCCAUUUCUGGACGCCACAACAACUGGUGGAGUUCCAGGCCGUGUAUCACACACAGAGAGCUCAGCAUCACGAGCCACUGCUCGGUGGGUUGAAGACGACAGCGUCGCACCUCGCACACGGACAACUAAAGAGCCGACUUAUAGACCUAUGCAGUAAAGUCCAGGGUGGUGCUCACCCUGUUGUGUCCGAUCUUCACGCAGUCAGAACUUUAUUCUCAGGCCCUCCACUGGGAAUCAGAAGAAUGGAUGCCGAUCAGAUGAGACACCUUUGCACGUUGCUCUUCUUAACGCACCGCCUCCCGGCGUUCUGGAUUAGCCAGCGGUUGAAUAGCCACGCCCUAGAGCUCAUGCAUCUGGAUCGUGCCGUCAUCAACCUGGGCCUCCAUCAACUCACUGACACGGAGCUCAAACAGGCUUGUUAUGUGAGAGGGCUGAACGUGGAGCGUCUGAGUCCCGCACAGUGCCGAGACUGGAUGUCACAGUGGUUACAGUUCUCAGUGCACCUUAAAGAAUCCGAGACCUCGCUGUAUUUACACGGUAUGAUGCUGCUAACGGUGAACUACCCGAACUGUCCACACAGCUGAUCGGACCCUGCGAUCUUCCCAUCAAAGCAUCGUGAAUAAAGCGUUUAAGAACCUCUGACUGGAAGGGAAAAAGCAGAGGGAGUGAACCGCUAAUGUUAUCAGAGACGUUCCAGAACGGUAUCGGGAUCCGGCGCGGCUCCUCAAUUACAGUGUCGAGUGAAUCUGAGAGGGAAUGAUGGUAAUCUCAGCGAACUGAUUAAAAUGAUGGGUGGGAAUCGUGAUGAAAGCAAUAAAAACAAAACACCAAGUGAAAGUCAGAGUCGGUCUUUCCUUUAGCCUUUAUCCUGUCAGAACAAUUUGAUCCGUUCCACAAAAUAACAUUCAACUUUAAACCUCAGAAAGACUAAAAAGUCUCAUGAUUAUAUUAGAAAUCGGUUAGGAACGUGCAUCUACGAACAGAUACAUACAGAAAUGUUGUGAUUCGCUGCCUUUAUGUUUGUUCAUUCUUCCUGUGCUGCACAAUAAAGACGAAUCAUCUACACACUGUAGAUGAAAUCUGAUGGAAUUGUAGGUUUGAACGGUAGUCACGGUUGCCAGUUAUCUCAAAAAACAGACAAGAAAACAAAACGCACAAUCAAUAAAACUUCUAGUUUAUAACUAAUUAAUGUGCAGUAACAUCAUACGCCAUUUGUAAUGAGUCUGUAUUAAUCCGUUCGGUGAUAAUCCGAGACUUCUGUAGGACAUAAUUUGUACUUCAUAUCACUUUACAAUGCUACACUUGUUGUUAAUGUACUACUGUUGAUUUUAAUCAGAAGCACAGACCGUAGACUCUGCCAGUUAAAAGCUGGUAAAUAUACAGAGUCUAUUCACAUUUGAUUACAUUUCUUUGUGCCACCAGAAACCAAAAAGAUGUAAGCAUGACUUCACAGAAUGGAUGUUUUCCCCUCAGUUUGGCCUGCAUAAACCUCUGUAAAUGUGCCUUGAUGUUAUAAAGACAUACAGUAUUGGUAA